GGCUAAGGGAGGCACUUCCGGCCCGCGAAGAGGCGGCUUGAUUGGCGGGAGUCUUGGAAGCCGCUGGCUGUAGUUUUUUUCCCCCCCCCAGGGCGCAUGCGCGUGGAGGUGUGUUUGAGGCUUUCUCUUCACGGAGCGUUUUGAGGUGGGGAGAUGGUCGGCCUUCCUUCGUUCUUCUUCUGGAUGGAGCCGGGAGCCGAUCCUUUCCCGCUGAGAGGAGCUUCCUUCACGUUAUAUAUAUUUUAGGACAUUUGUAUCUUCGUUCCUGUAGAAUUAAUACUGCCCUUCCUGAACUUCCCUCUCAUGAUGUGGAAGAUUGAUAGUCUAUAUUCAAGGACAGGGACCUUUGUCUGAGAGAACGACCAUCAAGACCUCCCAUUUCUUUGGUGGAAUAAAGGAUAGAGAAGCAGGACAGAAUUGGACAGUAUGAAUUUCUCCGAAAUAUUUAAACUCUCCAACCAGUUGUGCAAGUUUUCUCCAGAUGGGAAAUGCCUGGCUUCAGGGGUGCAGUACCGUUUGGUGGUCCGCGAGGCCCACACCCUCCAAAUCCUGCGUCUCUUCACCUGUUUGGACCAAAUCCAGCACAUCGAGUGGUCUUCGGACUCCCUCUUUAUCUUAUGCGCAAUGUACAAACGCGGAAUUGUGCAGGUCUGGUCCUUGGAGCAGCCCAACUGGCAUUGCAAGAUCGACGAAGGCUCGGCCGGGCUGGUGGCCACUUGCUGGAGCCCCGACGGCCGUCACCUCCUCAACACCACCGAGUUCCACCUGAGGAUCACUGUAUGGUCCUUGUGCACCAAAUCCGUGUCUUAUAUCAAGUACCCCAAGGCCUGUCAGCAGGGGAUCGCGUUCACGAAAGACGGGCGCUACAUGGCCUUGGCGGAGAGGAGGGACUGCAAGGACUACGUCAGCCUUUUCGUCUGCAGUGAUUGGCAGCUUUUGAGGCAUUUUGAAACUGAAACUCAGGACAUGGCCGGGAUUGAAUGGGCUCCGAAUGGCUGUGUCUUGGCAGUAUGGGACACCUGCCUUGAGUACAAGGUGUUGCUCUACUCGCUCGACGGCCGCCUGUUGUCCACUUACUCGGCCUACAAUUGGUCGCUGGGGGUGAAAUCCAUUGCCUGGAGCCCCAGCAGCCAGUUCUUGGCCAUCGGCAGCUUCGAUGAAAAGGUGCGGAUUCUCAACCACGUGACCUGGAAGAAAAUAGCUGAGUUUGAGCAUCCUGUCGAUAUCGUUAGCCCAAAGAUAAUUAUUUACAAGGAAGUGGAGAAGUCUCCGGCGGUGGAUACGGAGAAGCUGGUUUUUCCCCCAGGCAAGAAAAUGUCCAGCUCCCUCUUCAGCACCAAGAGUAAAUAUGAAAUUGCCCCGGUCCCGUUGUCCUUGCAUCUCGUGGAGCCUGCUGCGGACCGGGCAAACCCAAGGAUUGGGGUCGGGAUGUUGGCUUUCAGCUGCGACAAUUGCUUCCUGGCCACCAGAAAUGAUAAGAUCCCCAACGCGGUCUGGAUCUGGGACGUGCAGAAGAUGAAGCUGUUUGUGAUCUUGGAGCAGCUGUGCCCGGUCCAGCUCUUCCAGUGGGAUCCCCGCCAGGCCCGGCUGGCCGUUUGCUCCGGGAACAACAGGGUGUACCUGUGGUCUCCAGCCGGAUGUGUCUCGGUCCAGGUGCCCAUGGAUGGUGACUUCCAGGUGACUUCCCUUUGCUGGCACCCCAGCGGAAGCUCUCUGGCGCUUUUGAGCAAAGACAACUUCUGCAUGUGUUUCCUGGAAAAAGCGGAGGAAGAUCCCAAGUAGCAAAAGCUAAGUGGCGGGGAAAUAGGAGAGGCCUGUUUCCCUGCUUUGGUAUUUUUUUCCAGCAACAGAAAUAACAGAAAUCUUUUAUAUAUUGUAUUUCACUAUGUUAUUUAACUAUUUUAACUGUGUUAUUUGGUAUCUUAUUUUUUUAAAUAUGAUAGCGACUUCAAUAAAACUGUUUUUUUGCUAAA